AUGUCCGCCCUGCCUGCUACAUUGAGGACACAUGGAAAGAGGGCAUGGGCAGAAGCAGGAAGACCUACUAGGAGCCGCUGCUGCAGUCCAGCUAAGAGUGCGGCCUUGACAAACACACUCACGAGCCUUCCAAGAACAGUCCCUGGUCAGCAGACAGGUUGGCGCCCCCCACAGCAUCAGACACCUAGUGGGGAGGGAGGUGAUGAGUCAGGGGGACUAGAACCCGGCUUGGUGAACCCUUGGACCUGCCUCAGCUUCCAAGAAUUUCCAGGUGUGCCUGGAAUUGUACCAGGGGUUGGGCAAGGCUCAGAGGUGUUGGGGAUCUUCCCUCGUCCCCCACCAUAUGAGUUCUGUGGAGAAAUGGCAUACUGUGGACCUCGGAUUGGACUGGGCCUAGUGCCCCGAGUUGGCCUGGAGACUUUGAAACCCGAGGGCCAGGAAGAAGCAGAAACGGAGAGCAACUCGGAGAGAGCCUCCUCUGGGCCAUGUUCUCUCUGCCCCAGUGCCGUGAAGUUGGUAGGCGGAACCAAGUCCCGAGCCCUGCAGAUGGAACUGGAGCAGUUUGCCAAGCUGCUGAAGCAAACGAAGAUCACCUUUGGGUACAUCCAGGCCGAUGUGGUGCUCAUCUUGGGUGUUCUCUUUGAAAAGGUGUUCAGCCACACCACCAUCUGCCGCCCCUGCGGGAGAAGAGAAGUCAACAACAAUGAGAACCUUCGAGAGAUAUGCAAAGCAGAGACUCAAGUGCAGGCCUGCAAGAGGAAGCAGAGGAGCGUUGGGCACCGUGUGAGGGACAACAUGAAGAGCGUGUUUCAUGAAGAGAAUGUUUCUGCAGUGCCAAGCUGCUUCAGCUGGAAGAGGAUGUGGUCCAAGCGUGGUUUCAUGAGGGGACCACGCAAACAAUCAAGCACAGAUGGGCAAUCAAGUACUGACGAUUCCCAAUGA